GCCAUGGAUGACGAUCAAGACGAGUUUGAAGAUGCCUGUGAGGACUUGUCGGAGGGUGAGCUGGAGGACAGCCACCUCUACCACCCGUCAGGCCAGGAUCUUGAAAGCGCUCUGCUGGAUGCUCGCAAGAGCAUCAACUAUUUUUUUAACAACCAGUUUGAUGAGGCGCGCUUGACACUGAAAGCUUACCAGGAUACAAGCCUGUAUCAUUCGCUUGGCUCAUCUGUAUUCUGUUUUCUGGAGGCAAUGUUGACUUUCCGAGCCAAACACAUAAAGGCAGCUUCAGCAGCACUAAAGACAUGUGUCAAUGUCUGUGACCAGCACCGCAGGAAGAAUUCUAUGGUUGAAACAAUUGGAAAGAUGGUGAAGCGACCUAAUUAUAAUUCGUACACCACCAUGGAAAUUCAUGCUGAGCUUUGCUACGCAGAAGCAUUGCUAUUAAAAUCCAUCUUGACAUUUGUGGAAGAUGAAACGCUAGUUACUUUUCUCAAGGCUGGCUUGAAGAUUCGCUCAUGUUUCAACUCCUACAAGGAGUGUGCAGAGAUCCUCAAGAAUCGGGACUGGACUGAUGAUCCGCACAAGGUCCAUUUUGAAAGUGGUGUACGGAUGGGAAUUGGUGCCUUCAACCUCAUGAUAUCCCUCCUCCCUGCGAGAAUAAUCAAGCUGCUGGAGUUCAUUGGAUUUGGUGGAAACAAGGCAUUUGGGUUGAAUGAACUUGAGCAGGGCUUCAUGCUCAAGUCGGGCCUAAGACAGAUUCUUUGUGUUAUGAUGCUCCUAGCAUAUAAUCUACUUGUUGUCUAUGUUCUGAGCCACACCGAUGGAGAUCUUGAGCUGUGUGAGAAAAUCCUUAAGGAACAGCUUGAACAAUAUCCCAAGGGUGUUUGGUUCCUAUUCUUUAAGGGUCGCCUGGAGUUCAUGAAAGGCAACCUUGCUGAGGCAGAUAAAUGGUAUAUUCGCUCCUGGCAAUCGCAAGGAAAAUGGCCUCAUUUCCACCACCUCUGCUUCUGGGAGCUCAUGUUUGUGCACGCUUUGCGCUUAGAUUGGCGCACUUCUAAUAAAUAUGCUGAGAGCCUAGUAGCGGAUUCCAGAUGGUCCCGUACUAUCUAUCAAUACCAACAGGCUGCCAUACUGCUCAUGGUAGAAGAUCUGACACCGGAUGAGAAAUCUAAGAUUGAAGAGUUGAUGAGAACAGCUCCAGAAUUCAAGCAACGUCUUGCUGGCAAAUCCUUGCCCAUGGAAAAAUUUGUGAUCAGGAAGACUGAACGCUAUUUUGCUCAGAAGAAAUUUCUAAUUCUACCUGGAGUGGAAUUGGUUUAUAUGUGGAAUCUUUUCAAAACACUCAAGUCUAAGUGGUCCUUAGCAGAAAAUAUAUAUAAACUUGUUGAGAAUACUUUGCAAGAAUUUGAUGAAACAAACAAGUAUUCCUCUAACUUUGAUGCAGACAAUAGGGCACUGCUUCUCCUAUUGAAGGGAGCUCUUCUCCAUGUUAUGGGGACCCCACUUCAAGCCCAGCAGUGCUUACAACAAGUAAUAGCGCUUGAAAAACAAAUUCAAGAUGAUACACACAUUGUUCCAUAUGCCCUAGUAGAACUUGCUGUUAUAGCUAAAAACCAGGGUGAAAAUGAGCAAGCAGUUCAACUUAUUGAAAGUGCAAGGAAAAACUACACUGGCUAUUCCUUGGAAAGUCGUUUGCAUUUUAGAAUGCAUUCAUUGAUGUUAGACAUUGGAGCCCAGAAAAAGAAUAAUGGUGCGGAAGAUGCAUUAGAAAAUGGGGAUGAAAAUGGCUGUUAUGAUACACAUCUUUAGUAGCUGAUAUCAAGAGUGAUGACAAUUUUUGAACCUAGUCUAAUACGGAAAAGCUUGUUUCUCAAGCUUUAGUAGCAGAGUUUCUUGAGUAAUAUAAUUUUGUCUUUUAUAUUUUAUUUUUGCGUGUUACAAGAUCCAGCUUGACUCAUUUAAUGUGUGGAAAACACUAAUUUCAGAGAUGAAAAGUGUGCCUUCUGUUUUAGCACAGUAAUGAGACACUUUGUCAUCAAUGAGGGAGAAGUAAUCCUUUCUUUACUUUGAGCUUAGAAAUGGUCAGCACAUUGGCCAUGGCUCGGUAAUUAUAAACCAAAGAAAAUAAAAAUAAUUGUUACAAGUGUGUGGUGCACAGCGUAAGAAAAAAUAACUUUUUGUCAUCGAAUGAACCUGCACUUCUUGUUGAUGUUGUUUGAUACUGAUCUUUUUCAAGUGCUCAAAAAUUUGCUAUGGAAAUCUUUAUAAAAAAUGUAGUAUUCUAAUUUCGUGGAAAAGAGUAUUGUGCUUAAAAUGACUACGGUUUUUGUUUUUGUUGAUUAUUCGUACUGUAUUUUCAAUUUUGACUUGAAACUAUUUUCGACUUAAAACUGUUUUUCAGUGUUCCUGUAGCAUGCCAGCACAGUAUAGAAUUUCUACUAGAUUUUGACAUUUGUUACACUUGAUACCAAACACCAGCCUUCCAUGAAGUCAUCAAUCAGUGAUGGCAGUAUCUAGUAGAUCAAAUAUGAUGAUGUACCUGAACAUAACAGCUGUUAAAUUCUAUCUGUUUCAAUGUUGUCUUUUGUGCAUAUUAGCUCUAUGAAGUUUUGUUCUAUUUAUUUUCAUUAUAUGUUGUUUUUUUCUGAUUUAGAAAUUAUAAUUGUAUGUUCAGGAUGGAAGUUGUGCUCACCUAAAAGGAGCUGAGACAUUUUGACUUUUUUUUUUUCAUUUUGUGUUUGAAACUAAUAACUAGCACCAGUGGGAAUUCCAUACUACACUGAGUUUAUUUCUUACAUCUGAUCAGAAAUGUCAGAUUUUUUUUUGUUCAAAACGAAUCUUUAAGGUAUGCGAACAGGUGUGUUUUGCACCCUUACAAGAAUAAUGUGAAUGUGAUAAACAAGAGGGGCUCGUUUUUCCCUCUUUUUCGGUGUCUGUUAUUAUGCAAUCUUGUGUUUUUUUGAAAAAGUAUAUCCUCCUACGAUCAGUUUGAGAUCCUAUUUUCUUGACUCUUGUCUUUUGGUAUUGUGUAGAAUUUCUCUCUGUCUUCUUCUAUUUCUCUCUAUAUUAAAAGCUUUAGUACAAUUGUUGCAUUCCUCAUGCUUCCCAUAUUAGAACUUAUCAAUAGUUAAACAUUUCAGCUAAUUUUUUGUCUACAAAUCGUUACUAGUUCCUCAAAAACAUUCCAUAUUUUAAGAAAUUUUUAGCUGUGUACGCUAUAUGUGUAUGCAAUAAAAUACCUGAUAAUAAGAAUAUGCUAUGUUUGAAAUAGUCUUGGAAGACAAUAUUUAGGGCCAAAUUCCAUCUCUUUUCUAUCAAAAUGAAUAAAAACUUGUUAAAAUACUACAGUUUAGACACUGUAUGUGGUUAUUUUAAGCCUGUUUGUGCCUCUUUUGAUAUUGUGUAAUUUAUAUUGUAUAAAUUUCUUACACCAUCAAGUCAAACUAAGCCUUGUUCAGAGUAUUUUGAUUAUUUUUCUGCAUUAAAUUAUUCCUAAUUACACGUACGUGCAUAGUGCUUAAUGGUUUUCUGUUUAAUGUAAAUAUGUAUAUAGAUAUACCAUUCUCAGUCGGUAUUAGUACUUUAAUAUGUAAUUUUAGGGUUGAGUAAUCUUUAACCAACUUAUCGAUUUCUUCUUCAUGACACUUGCUGUAAUAGAGCGCUUGCGAGCUUGAAGUACUUCAGAAAUUACACAUGUUUCUAGGUAUUUAUUUUCUUUGCCACGUCACACAGGAAUGGCUAGCUUGGCAUCUCUGCUCUUCAGCAUGGGUAAAUUAGUCUUAUGUUUUUGUUUCCUCACAUAGAACACCUACCUCAUAAAGCAGUGAUCUGUUUUCUGGCUUUAAAAGUUGGACUUAAAUUCAACCAUACACGAAUUGUCUGAGAAAUUUCUGUGUUCGCUGUUUAAACAAAGCAGAUUAUUAUUAGAUUUAAAAAAUAUGUGUUUUAUGCAAAUGUUUUGAUGGAGACAGGUAUUUUUUAAAAUGUGAUUUAGUGAAUUAUUAUUUUUUUAAUUGUUGUCAUUUGUUCAUACUCAAAUAAAAGACAAAGUGGUGGA